AUGGAAAACGAUAAUUCUAAAGCAGCGGCAAAUCUUCGACAAAGAUCUUUACUUUUCUGGUUAGACUUGAGUCAAAAAAAACCAAAGACGGCAGCAAGACUUUAUGAAAAUACAGUGAUCCAAGGAACUUUUCAGGCAACAGAUGCAAUGGAAACUAAAUUUCGGUUUGAUAACUGGGAAUCACCAGUUGGUAUUUAUGAUCAUGUAGUCAUUCGUGGAACAGACAUACGAGUAUUAGAAAUUGAACACUCGAAAGAAGUAGCGUCAUUAUAG